UUUGUUCUUUAUUUCAGAAAUAGCAAAUCAAAAUGCCUAUCACACUGCAAUCAUCGGACGACGAAAAAUUUGAGACCGAUGUGCAAAUAGCAAAAUGCUCGGGCACAAUCAAAACCAUGUUGGAGGAUUGUGGUAUGGACGACAGCGAAAAUGCUACUGUUCCAUUACCCAAUGUAAAUUCUGCCAUACUACGUAAAGUACUUACCUGGGCAACUUAUCACAAAGAUGAUCCACAACCAACCGAAGAUGAUGAAAACAAAGAAAAGCGUACUGAUGAUAUCUCUUCUUGGGAUGCAGAUUUUCUAAAAGUUGAUCAGGGCACACUAUUCGAAUUGAUCUUAGCCGCUAAUUACUUGGAUAUAAAAGGAUUAUUAGAUGUUACUUGCAAGACUGUGGCCAAUAUGAUCAAAGGGAAGACACCAGAAGAGAUACGUAAAACUUUCAAUAUAAAAAACGAUUUUACACCAGCCGAAGAAGAACAGGUGCGUAAGGAGAACGAAUGGUGUGAGGAGAAAUAAAAUGUUAAUUGUUGACUCAAAAUUAAUAAGCAUUCGCUGCUCACACUUGCGCUUUUAAUGGAUUUACAUAUGUAAAAUAUAAACGAAAUAACUAAAAAGCAGUAUGUAAUUUUAAUCAAAAUUAUAUGGCUAAAAUUACAUAGCAGAGGUUUUACCAAAUCUCACCAGGUUUAAAGCACUUUAUCAUAAUAAAUGUAAUUGACUCUCCCCAGG